GGCACUGACGCCCUUGAGGCGCGGCGGUGGUCGUCGUCGUUCGCGUGGCCCUGAGGCGGCGGUGAGUUUAUUGCAAAUCGGUUUUGCAUACAGCUGCCUCUCACACCGGAGCGAGUUGAGUGGAUGACUUCCGGCAAGCACCAACGACGUUGAGCUGGACGUUAACGUCUUGGCUCGGUGAUGGAUUCGGGAAAUGGGAGGAACGAUACAAUUCUGUGUCAUCUUACAAAGAGUUACUCCGUAGAGAGCUUUUUCCAGGCCAGGUUGGCAUGUGAGUCGAAUGGAUUACAUGCGAAAUGGCGCUACAGUGUGGAUAGCGUGAUGCAUAACAAGGAACGGUGCUCAACCUUACUUUAUGUGCCAGAAAAGAGGAUUUCAUCAUUCCCAUCUAUUGCACCACAUGAAUUGAUGUCUACGGUUUUAACAAAAGACACAGUUGAGAACUCCAGUGAGAUAAGUAGCUGUACGGAGGAGGAUGUGUUGAAUUGCACAUUUGAAGCCUGUGAUACAGAAGGCAAAGGAAAAGUAUCCGUAUCUCGAAUUAUUGAAUAUUUGGAAGAUGUAACAAGUCAAAGCUGUGAGAAGGGACAACUGAAGUUAUUGCACAACAUGCUGGAUCCUGGAGAAAGAGGCAUUGCUGUGGAUCUGGAAACCUUCCACACCAUAAUGAAGACAUGGAUAGCUGAUUGCAGACAGGAGGGACUUUCAAGUGAGCAGAACGAAGAUUUCGUGUGCAUAGAAAACAUUUGCAUUUUGCAAUCAGAUAAGAGAUCUGUCACAACUCCAGGGCAGCUGGAGGGAUAUGGAGGCGACAUAAACAGGGGCAACCUAGAGAUCACAGAACUGAUCAAUAAUAUUGAGUGCCUAGAGUAUACUAACAGAAAGCUGCUGGAUCAGAGUGCAAAACUACAAAGAACGGUUGAGGGGUUUGAGGAAGCGAAUACACGGCUAACUGAGGAAAUCUUUGACUUGAAAAGCAAACUCAAAAGCUCUCAGCAGGCUUUGCUACAUGCUAAAUUACUGGAGGAUGAACUGGAAGAUCUAAAGACUAUCGUGAAGAAUCUCGAAGAUCAAAAUUAUAAUUUGCAGGCACAAAACCGCCAAUUGGAAAAGGAGCAUCAGAACCUGGCCAUGGGGAUUCACGAGCUUCAGGAAGAGAAUGGAAAGCUGGCAGCAGAGAAGGACCAUGUGAACUGGAGAACUGAAGAACUCGUGUCAGAGAAGGCAGAGUUGAAGAAUCAGAUGUAUGAAAUCAAGAGGCUUGUCUCCACUAAAGAUGUGUUAUUGACUGAGAAGACAAGUCAGGCAGAGGAAUUGAAAUUGACUGUAGAUGAAUACUGUAAUAUCAUUAAGGGACUGAAAGAAGAAAUAAGCAGAUUACAGUGUCAUCCCCCACUACUGUGUGAAGAUGUAUCUGUAGGCUGUGGCCCCCAGCGUGUAGAGUCAGAGAACUCCUCUGUUCCUAUUAGAGCCCCACAACAACACUCGUUGCAACUAGAAAUAGAGCAGGUUCAGCAGAAGACCAGCUUGGCUGUGGAUAACCUACCCACACCGCUAUGUGGUAUGAUGCCACUCAGUGACUCAGCUCAACAAAUCGAAGACCUUCUAGGUCACAUGUGCUCUCAGCUAAAUUGGAUGGAUUUUCAGACAAUCACCCAGGAACUAGCACGCAAGUUUAAGCAGGAGAUGGAAGCUUUGAUGAUUCGCAUCAAGCAAUUUGCUGACGUCUCUAGCGCCAGAGAGAUGACCAGAACACCUGAGGUACUACAAAAAGAAUUUGAAGAGGAGAUAAAAAUAUUUCUGCAGAAAAUCAGCUGCUUGUUUCACACUAAGAUCAUCUGGGACAUGUACAAAAGUAAAUUAGCUGCAGAGUUGAGGGCAAUUGCACAGGACUGCCAUCAUACAGAACGACAUCCACACUUCAGAAAUGGUUUGGAGGAGGUUCUAGGUCAGGUUGAACACCCAUUGCCUGAGGAGCGAGGCAGUCCUGUGCCCUAUCUCAGAAAAUUGAAAUGGAAUGGCAGGUCUGUCACUGAGGAAGAGUCCAGUGAAGAGUUGAGCGCUGCUGGAAGACUAUUUAGAGAGACGCAGCUUCCGAGAGCGGCAAGCCAGGGAAGUCCGAAUAGUCAGAGAAUUACGGAGGCCAGAGUUGACAGGCGGGAAAGAGAAACUGCCAGAGUGAUCAUGGAGACUCGGAGCUGUGUGCAGCAAACUAUUUCAAUAACUACUGUGGCAGAGCAAGCAACUCAAACAGAACUGCAGCAGCAGCUCAGGUUUGACGUACCAUCAGAGCAUUGCCCUUUUUGUCUUGGGGAAACGACACUGAAGGAGAACAGAGCAAGAUGUUCCCUCGGCUCGGUGGCAGUACAGCUUCAGAAAGCAUGGCACGGUUUGAGUCGCAGCCUUUGUCAGCAACAAAGAAGUCUUGAGCGACUGUAUAAGGAGCUGGUUUCGGAAGAAGACAUGUAUUGGGGCUACAGUGAGAAUUUCGCUGUCAAGAGAAAUACGAUGAUGGAAUACAUCAGCAAUACCAAAUACAUCCAUGAGAGAGAAUUUGAGGAACUUGAGAGUAUUUUGAUAAUCAUCCAACAUUGCAAUAAAUGGAUGAACGAAAUCCCUCCCAACUGUGGAAAUGCUGCACGUGCACUAGUACCCUACUAUGAAAAGUCAUCUAUUUCUCAUUUUGAAGGCACUGGAGACAACAUAAAGCAGUAUGUGGGAUGGAAUGUUGUGCAGCCACAAUCAGCAGGGCCGGGAACAGCGGAGGAGGUGCAGAUGAAACACCCCCAACUGUCUGGUCUUCAUCAUGUCCCACGGAAAAGGACAGUUAGGGUGGGACACAUACCCCAGACCCAAGGGUUUGAAGACGUAUCCGAGCUGCUGGCUGGGUUUUAUUCUCAGGCCGUUAACAAUGCACGUCUCAUCUGCUUUAUGGUGGUUCUAACCUUGAUAUUUGUGACGUUUAUCAACUUGCUCUCCUUUAUCCCCAUGUGCUGCCAGAAGCACUUCUUCCCAACGUUUGCUGAUGGCAAUGUCUGGUCAAUCUUAAAGGCGAUUCUCUGCCCUCAGAUUAGGUUGAGACAUGGAGCUCCUCCACCUGUUUAAACCAGGGUUGUUAUGGUUCCUUUAUUUAUUUAUAUAUAUAAUAUAUAUAAUUUUUUUAAUUUCAUUUAUUUUCACGCUUUCCCGUUUGGACUAUGUCGUUCAGCAACGCUCAGAGAGGCAGAACUGGAGAUUGGUGAUCGGCUCUUCAGAAUGCUAGACUCUCGAGCCUUUUGGACAUCCCCUUCAGUGAAUAACCAAAUCUCUAGCGUAUCAUUUACCUGCAUUAUCGGUUUAUAUUCUGCUUGGUGCUGAAACCCAGGAAUAGAAUUCUAUUCAAAUUCUAUCUCUCACCAUGUACCCUAUUUACAUACACAUUGCAUAAGACUCUUAAAAAUAUUUUUUUCUCCCCUGUUUCUUAGGCAAAACCCAACGAGAUUAAUAGAACAGUUGCUGGCACUGAACCAUUUACAUGUGUCCAUAGUUUGUUCUUGAGGCAGAUCCAUGCUUGUUUAUUUGUGUAUCCGUUUGUCAAUCUGCAGACCUGGCUUUGACAUAUCAAUCUAGGCUGCAAUGUAGUCUGUUUCUGUACAAAGUAAACCUGAGUUCACCCAGUGAGCUAUCAGGAAAGUUACCAUUUAGAUUUUGACGUCUUGUUUGAUGGGUGGUGUCUUUUCAUUGUUCCAGCCCAAAUUCACAGACGGAUUAUCAGUGUGUUUGUGCAGGUGUUUGUAUAGAGUAGAUAGGGAAACGUUUAGCGAUCUAGAGAACCCAUUUGUUUUAUUCAAAGUUUUAAUUGCACAAUCUGGUCGGUUUUCUGAUUGACAUUAAAGCUAACAGUUUAAGCA